CCAGUUUUUCAACAAAGGAUUGUUGUUAUCUCUCACACGUGCAGGUAACAGCAGCGGCAGCAGGAAAGGUGACAGUGGCAGCAGCAACAGCAGUAGUGGAAGCAGCAGCAGCGGUGGAAGCAGCAGCAGCGUUGGCGGCAACGGAAGCAGCAGACAUCCCACAUAUUAUCAGCAUCCACACGCCGCCUUCACGUGAGCUUGCAACGAUGCAUCCCUGAUUCGCUGCUGCACGGAGCAUUCAGUGCUUACACUGAGGGUGUGGAGCAGUUACAUUACUACCGCUCACUAAUGUGCGCAAAGGCUAGCAAUCUAAACUAGAGACUGCGCACGUGGACGACGAUCACUCGCAACCCGACAAGCAGCAUGAUGAUGGUGAACCUUGUCACAGUUGUUCUAGGAAUCAUAGUAUUCCUCCUUAUGCUCUGGUGGAUGACCUUUCCCAGGAAUCUUCCCCCGGGACCACGUGGACUACCGAUCCUGGGCUACCUUCCUUUCCUUGGAAAGCACCCGUAUCUAACACUGACCGAGUUGGGGAAGAGGUAUGGACCAGUGUUCACGGUAUGGCUGGGCCCAGUACCCGUCAUAGUACUGAAUAGCUACGAUGCUAUACGAGAGGCCUACGUACACCGCGGUGCCGAUUUCAUGGACAGAAAGUGCAACUUUGUCCAAGAACACCUGUUUGGGUGUGAAGUCACGAAACAAGGCUAUUUCUGCCACAAACUGGACCAGGGUCUAAUGGACGGUCUUCGCAUCGCUCGUCACGCACUAGGGGGCGCUGGGAUAGGCAGAGUGCCGAUUGAGCAGCAGAUCAGAGAGGUCUUGGACAAUCUCAUAGAGGAAUUUGUUCGCCAUGGGAAAGGGAAGCAAGCUUUCAAUCCCCGGGCGAACCUCAGUGCAGCUUGCUCUAGCAUCAGCUGUGCCGUACUCUUCAGCAAAAGGUACACUGUUGAUGUAAGCAUGGCGAUAGUAGAAGAGGCAAUAUGCAGAUGAUAAUCUCGUUGUGAUGAUAUGAUUGACAUGAAAAAACUGAGGUGACUAACAACUGUGUAAAUCACACUGCCAGUAACUGGUGGCGUCACCUCUUGGAGAAGGGUGGGAUCACUCAUUUAUCUGGUUGAGUGAAACUAUUUGAAAGACGUUGGGGGUAAUAUGUUAGGGAUUCUCGAUCUCAGAAUGGAUAUUCUUUGCCAACCGAAGAAAAACAGCAACUUAUCAGUACAUCGUCGUCAUUUUCUGAAAUAAAUUUAAUUCGGCAUUUAGUCUAACAGUAAAAUGUGUGCAUAUGAUGCAGGUUAAAAAUUGGAGACAAGUCUCUUCAGGAGAUAGAAGAUGGUACAGAAAUGAU